AACAAAUUUAACCCAGGAGUAAAUUGCUCCUUAAUGAAUUGAAUGAGAAUGGCUGAAUGGUUAGCGCUGUCGCCUCACAGCAAGAAGGUUUUGGGUUCGAGCCCAGUGGCCGACAGGGGCCUUUCUGUGUGGAGUUUGCAUGUUCUCCCCAUGUCUGCCUGGGGUUCCUUUGGGUGUUCCUGUUUCCCCCACAGUCCAAACACAUGCAGGUUAAGCUAAUUGGUGGCUCUAAAUUGACCGUAGGUGUGAAUGGUUGUGUGUCUCUAUGUGUACCCCGCCUCUCGCCCAUAUACCCCUUUUCCACCAAAUCAGUUCCAGGGCUGGUUCACAACUCGUUCAACUUGCGAGCCAGCUGAGAACCAGUUUGCUUUUCCAUAGCUCGGGGUGCUAAGGGGAGCCACGUCAUUACGUCACUGUAUACAUCAGUUACGUCGCUGUGUUUGCAUAAACCUUGGCGCGAACAUCGAAGCAGCAACAACACGGAGAAGAAGAAGCAGCAACAACAACAAUAAUGGAUGACUUCAUGUUUGUACAGCUGCUGCUUCUGGCUUUACAGUGCUUCACUGGGAUCAGAAAACGGCAGAUCCAAUAUGUUUGUGUUGAUCGACAGGUUUUGAGUGGACGGCGUUUACGUCCUAGGAGACAGGAUGACUGAAGUGGAGUUGUCAUGCUUGGCAUGUGUGAAGAUGUUCUUGCACGCCAGUGUGUAUCCGCGGUGCAGUGUCAAUGGCCUGCUAUUAGCCCCAGCAGCAAGAGGAGGAGGAGUGUGUGAGGAAAGUGUGUGUGUGACGGACUGUGUCCCCCUACUGCACUCACAUCUUCCACUGGCCAUGAUCUCUCAGCUCGCUCUCACACAGGUGGACGUGUGGUGUUCUCAGACCCAGCAGAGGAUUGUGGGAUAUUAUCAGGCUAACGCGAAUCUGUCUGACAGCAGUCCAACUUCUUGUGCUUUCAAAAUGGCCGACAAAAUCCUGGAGCAGAGCAGCAAUGCAGUGUUACUGAUGAUUGAUGGAAAAAAAAUGGGACCUGGAUAUCGUGUUCCCCCAAUAGUGAUGUAUGAACAUAAAGACUCACGAUGGACCUUAAAAGACAAACACACAAUAAUGCUUCGCCAGUGGGAGGAAGCUCGAGCAAUCACUGCUCAGUUAUUGAACUCAAGAGAUUGCAUGCUGUUGGUUGAUUUCGACAGCCAUUUGGAUGACAUCACAAAGGACUGGACCAAUCAGAAACUCAAUGCUAAGAUCAUGGAGCUCAUUUGUCCAGCUAAUGGUAACAUGUGAACAUCAUCAUUAUUUACAGUACAUAUUGGAAAAUCAACUCACUGUUCUACUGAUGUCAUAAAGUAUGUGAAGAAAAUGACAAAUUAUUUGUAAUAUAAACUUUACACAUGAAUCCAUAAAUGUAAGUUUUUAGUCUUUCUGUUGUUCCAUUUUUAUUGUAAAUUAUU